CUUUCACUCACAUGACGUCAGAGGUCAAAGUUCACAAGAAGCCGGAGUGUUCUGUAGUCAGUAAAAGUAACAGCUCUAAAAUGAUUUUUGAAAUGCGGUAGUUUUGGGUUUAGUUUGGGGAGUAUGGAGCCCGUGUCACCGAUCCUGGCAUCGCCAAGUCCCACAUGGGGCCAGGACAGCGUGACCUUGAUCCAAGCUGUCCAGCGAGGUGAUCUCACAAAGGUCAACGACCUGAUCAAGAGUGGCUGUGACGUCAAUAAGAAUGAAGAGGGCACAUACGGAACCCCCCUGACGUAUGCAGUGAUGAAGUCCCAGGCUGACUGUGUGCGAUCACUCAUCAGCCAUGGAGCUGAGGUCGAUGACCUCUCCACUGAGAUGAUGGAGAGCCUGUGGAAGUUAGCUGUAGAUGAAGCGGAGGGUGGCAGGUUCGACAUUUUGAACCAUCUCCUGGAGAACUACGAGAAACCACAUGACACUAGAAAGCUGGUAGAAAACAUUUCCCGGAUGACCAAAGCCUGCGACGUUGAGGUCCAGACCAUGGAGGGUCGGAUCGAGGCCGUCCAAACGGGCGGGUUCUCUGAGCUUUCCGGCGCCCUCGGUCGCGACCGGCUCGACCACGUGAAGGAGUUCCUGUCCAUGCGUGUCGUGGCGCACACCUUCGAGGACGUGGCGCUCUCGGUUUGUUUGUUUAUUUGAAGGAUUGAUACAACAGAUGACUAACCUACGUCACUACAUCACUGGUUGUCUGAAACCUUUAACCGUUUCCAAAAUCAUAUCCAGUUGCUCGAGUGUCUACUUUUUGGCGUAGCUUAUUACCUGGAUGUUUAAUCUUCAUUCACAUAGAUGACAUGUUUUCAAGGUGUUAACUGUGAGACCUGACUGUAAGGUUGAUCCACGCACAACGGGAUGGACUCAUACUCUCUGUU